AUGAGCCUCCAAGGCAUCUUUGAGGACCUCGUGACGGCGAUCCUGGUACAACGUGCCGGGCCGGCGGGACACGGGCGCGCGUUCGGCCUUCUUUCGUCCAAAAACGCCCUUGUGCUGCAGUUUGCCUCGCACACUUGGCCGCACUGCUCGGAGACCGCUCACUCAGGCGCCGCGUCGCACGCUGUCCUCGAUAGCCUCGGAAACGUCAUCGAAGGCUUGGCAGAGGCGCUCCUCACGCACGCGAACCGGAUAUGGUCCCAGCUCGUGCACCAAGCAAUGCUCCACUGCAAGCUCCAGGCGAACGGGGCCGCGGCCGGCGCGGACGACCUCGGGGAGCAAGUGGUCGCCUUGGACAAACAGGCGAUACGGGCGGCGGAGUGCCUGGCGCUGGUCGCGUACAUGUACGACCACGCGACCGCGCCCGAGGUCCGCGACGCGUCCAAGGCCGCGUGGACGUGUGCGUGGGCGCGACACUCGGCCGACGCCGCGACGUACGUCCUGUUCCUCACCGGGGUGUUCAGGCGCUACAUGUGCCUCGACGAGCUCAUCUGCGCGCUCUCCGAGCUCUUCGCGCUGUUGAAGGUCGGUGCGCCGGGCGGGGGCGUCGCGUGCUGGAAGCCGCCCAGCGUGUUCAGGCGGCGCACGACCAAAUUCUGGCUGACGCUGGAUAGCGAGACAGCGGUCAAGGUCAAGGUUGCACAACACAUGCCGGUGCUCUCGUUCGGGCAGGUGCAGGGCCAGGCGGUCCUGCCGCCCGUCGUGGAGCUCCUGGCGAUGUCUGGGGACGACGUAGGGCGCAUUCCCCGCGUCGAGAGCGUGUCGGGGCGCGUCAGUUCGCGGUACUUCGACAACCGCAAGUUCGAGGUGUACGACGCGCGCCUGAAACGGUUCAACGAGGCGUCGCUGGUGCGCGUGCGGUGGUACGGGACAGCGACGUUCCCCGUCGAGGAUGCGGAGGUGUUCCUGGAGCGCAAAGUCCACAUGGACAGCUGGACGGGCGAGCCGAGCGUGAAGGAACGGACGAAGCUCACGGCGGGCGCCGCGGAGGAGCUGUUCCAGCUCGCGCGGCAGGGACAGCUAAGUCAGUUCUUGGGCGUCGCGAGCGCUGGUCGCUGUGGGCUGCUGGACGAGAUCGUCGGACAACUGAACAAGACAGCUCAGGAGCCCACCGUGUCGACGACCUACAAGCGCACCGCCUAUCAGCUGUCAACGGAGAACAGCGUUCGUCUGAGCAUCGACUCGCACAUCCAAAUGUUUCGGUCUUUGUCCCGCGACGGCUGCGCGGCGCCGACAGCCCAGGCCGUGCUGCCGUUUUCGGUGCUGGAGAUCAAGCUGCAGGAACACUGCCCUGAGUGGGUCGGAGACCUCGUCAGCAACACCCCCGGCCUCACUUAUGGCCCGAAGUUCUCCAAGUUCCUGCACGCCACGUCGCUGCUGUUCCAGGACCAGGUGGCGUGCCUCCCGCCGUGGUACCUGGAGGGCGAGGGCGGGCACUACAGGCCCGCGACGUUCGACGAGUGGAAGCUGGUGAUCGGGGACGCCGACAUGGCCCUGUACGCCCUCGCACGCAGCCCCGACGUUGUCUCCGAGGACGGCCGCCCGGAGCAGGGCGAGGCCCAGGCGCAGUUCACACUCUCCGAACUGGCAGACGCGCUGCUUCGCAAAAAGUCCGCCUCUGCCAGGCUGGGCGGCACGAACGGCGCCAGUCGCGAGACGCUUGAAGUUCCGCACGGCGAGGCGUCUCGGACGCCCGAGACGGGGUCCUUCGGGACCAGCCAGGCUGACCCGUGCAAUGGACACCAACCAGCCGGCGCGGAGUCGCACGACCCUGAGCUCGGCACGCUGGUCGAGAUGCGCCCGUCGGGAUCGAUCACGCACGGGGCCGUUGCGGGUGCGUCGAAGUCCGCGAGGGUGCGCUCCAUGUUGCGCAGGUUCUUCCAAGAGAAGCGACGGAACACCCGAAGCGUCGUGCCGAAGCCCGUGGGGAACAAGAAACCCGCGAAGCCCAUCCUGCGUACGCGUAUCGAGCCCAAGACGCUGUUCGCGAACGAGAGGACGUUCCUGAGCUGGCUCAGCGUGUCAGUCCUGAUCAUGCUCAUUGCCAUCUCUCUGGCGGGCAUGCAAAGCCAGCUCCCCUCGAACACUCUCGGCCCUGACAUUCCUUCCAACGGCAGCGGAGGUGGUGGCACCAUCUGUCACUACGGCUCAACGAAUCCGGCGUGCGUCACAUCCAAGGUGUCCGCGCUGAUCAUCGGCCCCGUGUCGAUCUCGUUCAUGGUGUACGCGCUGGUGAUGUACAAGCUGCGGACGCGGCGCAUCCUGCGGCGGGAGGACAACCGCCAGCGCUUCGACGACAAGCUCGGGCCGGUGGUCCUCACGCUGCUGCUGAUCUUCGCGUGCGUCACGGCGCUGAUCCUCACAAUCGUCUCGAGCUGGUAG